UCUUCUCUCAUGCACAACCUGUUUAGGUGAGGGGUCAGCUUCAGUGGGCGGUAGCCACCAGAGAGAAAAUGGGGCUGGUACAUGCUGGGCUUUUAUUCCUACUGUGUUGUUCUGCCUAUCGCUAUGCAUUUAGCAGUGGGGCUGGGUAUGGCCCCUUUGUGCAAGAUCCUGAAUUAGAGUGGGCGAGAAUGGAGACAGUGAUAGAUGAAGAAAGAACCCAAGCCCCUGCACCCAGAGCCCAAUUCAAAGAUGCGUUACCUGAAGCCAAGAAGGUUCCUCAGUACCGGAUUGUCUCAACCUCAAAGGACCAGAAAGCACUUUUCAAGCCAGAAAAGGGUUCCAGGCCCCUCCCUAACUCAGUCCAGUCUAUGUUGCUUGUGACUGCUGCUCCUGAAACUGAAGGUGGACAAACAACCCGACGAAAGUUGGUUGAAAUCUUGUGCCAUGUCGACAGAAUGUAUGUAAGAAUCAGGAGGGAGGUCUUUAAGACCACGGAUGCAUACAAAUAUUUGAAACUAGGCACCUGUCCUGUGAACCAAGGUACGAAAGCUCAUUACUACCUUCUGUACCUUCUGAGAAAUGACUGUGGAUACAAGAGAGAGAGUAAUGCAGAUUAUCUGUCCAUCAGCAAUGUUCUCCGCUACAAUCCAACUGGUCCCAUUUUAAGAGAAAUGCCCUUUAACAUUCCCCUGCAGUGUAAAUAUCCCAGGUUGUUUCACUCCUAUAAAGUUGGCUUCUAUCCCAUACUUAAAGGCGGCACAGUUUACAAAGCACUCCAACCAAAAAGUAGUUUCAUGCUCACUUCUCAAGAUGCAUCAGGGAAUGAAAUCACUGGGGCUAAAACCUACACCUUGGGACAGCUGAUGUACUUUGAGGCCAAGCGACCUGACAACACUGCAAGCUCUGGAGAUCAAAGGAUGUACAUCAACAAGUGCUUCAUGACAGCCUCCCAAGACCCCAACUCCAGUCCUAAAUAUGCAAUCAUUGAUAAUCAAGGUUGUAUGAUUGAUGGUAAGCUGAAUGCGCAGUCAAAGUUCCUCACUGGUUCCUCAAAGAUGACCCAGAGGUUCAGCGUGGGUGCCUUCAUUUUCAAGGACACGGCUUCCAGUUCCUCUUCAACACAGCAACUCUACAUGCACUGUGACAUCUCUUUGGGGAAACUUACUCCAACUCCAAGUUCGAAGGCUUGCAGUUAUGAUCCAGCUACCAAAAAGUGGAAGGAGCUAUACGGUGAUGACUCUGUGUGCGCCUGUUGUGAAUCAUCCUGCUCAUCAUCACAGCCUAGGGCUUCUAGAAAUAUGGUUUCCGGUCCCUCUUGGACGGUCGACUUGAGCAGGAAGGAUGGACCUGUGGAGUUUUACCCGCGGAUGAAAUCCCUUGACACAGACACAUUCAGCUUGGAGGACCCUGAUAUGGCAGAGCACAAAGACUUCCUAAACUACUGGGACCAUGACUACUGAAAUUCGUCAUGUGGAAGUGACCACAAUGUUGAAUAAAAUUGAUCAAUAUUUUA